AUGCCACCUAAAACUGUGAAAGUGAUAGGCAGGGGUGGUAAGGACGACAGGAAGGAUGACAAGCCGAAAAAGCUUAAGCCGGCGCAAAUCGCCAUUAAUAAGGCGGUGGAGACGGCUGAUAAGUUGUACAAACUGCAUGAGCGUGAGCGACUGAAGAUGGAGCAGACCGAUCGGGUGGCUCUUCAGAAGUUUUCACUCGACAAGGCCGCUGAAAAGGAACGCCUUCGGUUGGAUCAAGACGUCUACACCGCCUUUGAAGACGAACUUGUGGAGCAGGAGCAGCUCGCGUACAAGGAAUGCGAGAAACACCGUCUGUGGAGCCUCAUUCCCGAGGCGUCACGCCUUCCACCGAUAAGGUCUCAGAGUGCAAUCAACACAUUUCUGAGCGUCUGGAGGGACAGUGAGGAGCAUUACAGUCAUUAUUCCCCGCCUGUAGAAGUCAAUAUCAAACGCGACAAUUCCAAUAGCAGUCUGCGUGUUCACCGAUUUCACCAAGGGGAACUUGGAAUUCCUCCAGCAGCACGUCGGAAGAUGUUGAAUGAGGAGCUUAAUCGGUGUGUCAUGGCGUACGAUCUGGUGGAGACAAUCCGUCUGGAAGCGGAUCGUUGCCUUACACUUGGAAAGACAGAGGAUCUGAAGUUUUUCGGUGAGAAUAUUGGGAACGUGUAUGAGCAGGUGAUGUUUGCGUUUGACUUUGUCACAAUUCAUACUUUGCUAAACUACGAUGUGAUUUUAGAUGGACCUGACAGUGAGUUUCUCACGGUGGCCGUGCCAUCAGCGAACCCUGUCGCUAAAUUUGGACUUUGGGUGAAGGUGAAGGAAACAACUCGCAGCUUUGCUUCACUUGUAUUUCCCGUCGUUUCCAUGCGACUGGAUCCUAAAUCCAGUGCGCUACCGAAGCUUCCUAAGGCGCUUGGGUUGAGCAAGGAAAACGUUGCAUUGCGCGUCAUCCAGCUCCGUUUUGACCCGUAUGGAUGUCGGGGCUCCGGCGGGCGUGAAUACUACGCACUGCCUUGUGUGAUAAAAAUAGAUCUAUUGAGCUUUACGGAGCGACCAAAGCAAAGCGGUGACUGGCUUUAUCGCUCUGAGACGGAGGAAGCACAUAAGUUACAUGUUGUUCCGUACCCUCCACCUGUUCUAGAGGCCACUGAUGAAAAUCCCGCUCUGCGGGUGUCAUUUGAGGUUCCCUCCACGAUUGUCAUGCGCCAGCCCACGCUUCUAAUUGGCAAAUGGGUAGAGAAGACAAAAGAAUGGGAGCCGUGCAGCCACACAUCAAGUUCUCCAGAUUCAACGGGACCGGAGCGAAUGUGUAGCUUCGCCACAGGGGAAUUUGGCACCUUCACCAUUUUGCAGGGGAAAGGGUUUGAUGUGCCGUAUGAGCAGUGGCGGCUGCAGCCGGUGAGCUUCGAUCAGGUGAUGAUGGUGUUAGAAGGCCGUCACCGGGGCGAAGGAAGUGACCGCGAGUUCCGUAUACUUAUCUGCGAUGCCAAGUGCAAACUUAUUUCCCCUGGAGACCCGGAGCUGGCGGCUUUGCGAGCGGAUUGGUUGGAGCCCGCUACGCUGGUGAGAUUACUCUCCCAAGCAGGCUUUAACUUCAUGUUGCGCGACGAAGAUGCCGAGUUUAUUGAGGACAUUGUGCCCAAGUCCUCGGAGCUGGAGGAGAAAGUGUAUGCAGACAUUGCACAGUUCUGUCUCUUUUACAUCAUAGCUAGUUCGCGGCACAAUAAGUGCGGAGAAGACGCAGACCUGGCACUCUUCCGUAUGUCGAAGCAGGUGUAUUUAGGCACCGAAGACUCCCCCGACCUAACAGCAGAGGCGGAUGGUGAGUGGCACAGUAUAAGGUAUCAGACACAUUGUUGCGCCUUUUCGGCCUUUAGGGAGCGUGACGAUGUGCCGGACCUACGAAUACUCGAGGACCACGAGACACAUCUCAACCUCUACACACUUCUGCUGAAGGAGAAAGGAGAAGAGGUUCGACUCAUGGCCCUUCAUCGAACUAAUUUCCUCUUACGACGAUGUGUGUAUCAGCUCCUCAGACUUAUUCGCCCACUUACUUGGGGUUAA